UCCCUCUCCCAACAUGGCGGCCUCAGCAAAAAAGAAGAAUAAGAAGGGGAAGACUAUCUCCCUAACAGACUUUCUGGCUGAGGAUGGAGGGACUGGUGGAGGCAGCACCUAUGUCCCCAAACCAGUCAGCUGGGCUGAUGAAACAGACGAUCUGGAAGGGGAUGUUUCAACCACUUGGCAUAGUAAUGAUGAUGAUGUGUAUCGGGCACCUCCAAUUGACCGUUCCAUCCUUCCCACUGCUCCACGGGCUGCUCGGGAACCCAAUAUCGACCGGAGCCGUCUUCCCAAAUCUCCACCCUACACUGCUUUCCUAGGGAACCUGCCCUAUGAUGUGACAGAAGACUCCAUUAAGGAAUUCUUUAGAGGAUUAAAUAUCAGUGCGGUGCGUUUACCGCGUGAGCCCAGCAAUCCUGAGAGGUUAAAAGGUUUUGGUUACGCUGAGUUUGAGGACCUGGAUUCCUUGCUCAGUGCCUUGAGCCUCAACGAAGAGUCUCUAGGUAACAGGAGAAUUCGAGUGGACGUUGCUGAUCAAGCACAGGAUAAAGACAGGGAUGAUCGUUCUUUUGGCCGAGAUAGAAAUCGUGAUUCUGACAAAACAGAUACAGACUGGAGGGCCCGUCCUGCUGCAGACAGCUUUGAUGACUACCCGCCUAGAAGGGGUGAUGAUAGCUUUGGAGACAAGUAUCGAGAUCGUUACGAUUCAGACCGAUAUCGUGAUGGGUAUCGGGACAGUUACCGUGAUGGCCCACGCCGGGACAUGGAUCGAUACGGGGGCCGAGAUCGCUAUGAUGACCGAGGUGGCAGAGACUAUGACAGAGGCUACGAUUCCAGGAUAGGCAGUGGCAGAAGAGCGUUCGGUAGCGGGUACCGUAGGGAUGACGACUACAGAGGAGGCGGGGACCGCUAUGAAGACAGAUACGACAGACGAGAUGACCGGUCGUGGAGUUCCAGAGAUGCUUACUCUCGGGAUGAUUAUAGGCGGGAUGACAGAGGUCCCCCCCAAAGACCCAAACUGAACCUAAAGCCUCGGAGUACUCCUAAGGAAGAUGAUUCCUCCGCUAGCACCUCCCAGUCCAGUCGCGCAGCCUCUAUCUUUGGAGGAGCAAAGCCUGUUGACACAGCUGCUAGAGAACGAGAAGUAGAACAGCGGCUACAGAAGGAACAGGAGAAACUGCAGCGUCAGCUGGACGAGCCAAAACUAGAACGACGUUCUCGGGAGAGACACCCAAGCUGGCGAAGUGAAGAAACUCAGGAACGGGAACGAUCAAGGACAGGAAGUGAGUCAUCACAGACUGGGACCUCAGCCACAUCUGGCAGAAAUGCACGAAGAAGAGAGAGUGAGAAGUCUCUAGAAAAUGAAACCCCCAAUAAAGAGGAAGACUGUCAGUCUCCAACUUCUAAGCCUCCCAAACCUGAGCAGCCUCUAAAGGUAAUGCCAGCCCCUCCGCCAAAGGAGAAUGCUUGGGUGAAGCGAAGUUCUAACCCUCCUGCUCGAUCUCAGAGCUCAGACACAGAGCAGCAGUCCCCUACAAGUGGUGGAGGGAAAGUAGUUCCAGCUCAACCAUCUGACGAAGGAUCAGCAAGGAAAGAUGAAAAUAAAGUAGAUGGGGUGAGUGCCCCAAAAGGCCAAAGUGGGAACUCCAGCCGUGGUCCGGGAGACGGAGGGAACAGAGACCACUGGAAGGAGGCAGACAGGAAAGAUGGCAAAAAGGAUCACGACUCCAGAUCUGCACCUGAGCCAAAGAAAGCUGAAGAAAAUCCAGCCUCGAAGUUCAGUUCGGCAAGCAAAUACGCUGCUCUUGCCAUUGACGGUGAAGAUGAAAAUGAGGGAGAUUACACCAAAUAGACCUCUGCAUUCUGUGCUUUCUCCUAGUCUCUCUCCACCCUGGAACAUUCGAGAGCAAAUCAAACCUCUAUCCAGACAAGACAAAAUAAACCUCACCAUCUCCUGGA